GCUGGUGCUGUUGGAAUGAUCAAUGAAAAGGAGGUCUACGUGGUCGGCCGCUCCCUAUUGGUCGACAGACAGAGUAUCCCGAGGAGAACCCUCCUACCCAGCGAUCAGUCUGUGAUAGCAGCUACGGUUCAGGCGAUAUUUGAAUCAGCUGGGCAGUGGAACCUUGAGGAAACAAGUCAUAUUUGUAAAAAGAGCUCCAGGACCAGGGUCGAGAUGGAUGUGUUCAUGAAAGGGUUGUCCAAAGCUAAAGACGGCAUGGCUAUCGCCGCGGAGAAGACUAAGGAGGGAGCUGCGCUGGCGGCGGAAAAGACCAAGGAAGGCGCCAUGUUUAUCGGCACCAAGGCCAAAGAUGGUGUUGGUUCAGCGAAGGACCUUGCUGGUGGAGCCAUGGGGAAUAUCGCUGCUGCCACCGGCCUGGGGAAGAAGGACGAGUUCCCAUCUGACAUGAACCCUGAGGAGUAUAGGCAGGAGGCCAUGGAAGGAGAGACACAAAGAGAUCAUCUGGAAGGAGAGACAUAUGACGAGAACCAGCAGGAGCAGGACCAGGACUACGAACAAGAAGCAUAAAACCAUCAGUCCAAUUCUCCAUCCAACCAGCAGCACAAUACCGACAUGUAUUCAAAUAAAAAGGACAAAUGCUGAAACUACGACAACAAUACAAAUCUAAUCCUGUUGCAAAAAAAAGUACAAAAUCCACCAACAAGAAUUCCACCUGAGACAAAACAUUCCUCCUCCUUCUUCAAGACGAAUCUUUUAUGAUAAUCGAUGCUAUAUUGUAAAUGUCCUGUUACUGCUGUAAUGUGUUGGGUCGUGUAGUUGUUUCUUGAGGUGUAGAAGAGCCGCCCGCUGUCUCGAGUCUCGUUUCCUUGAUUCCCUCCCAAUGGAACGAGAACCCCGGACCAGGCCUAUGGCUUGUGACCAUAGAAAUACAAUCCAUAGAACAGGCCUCCCCAUUCAAGACUGGACUCUAUUUCUAUGCUUGUGACUCUUUGUGUGUUUCUGUAUUUAUAAAUGUGAGAUAAUAAUAGGUGUAUUUUUCUCAUCUUUCUCAUGUACUUUUGGAGCAAGUUUUUAUUUAUUUAACGUAUUUUUACGUCAGAGUUUUAUACAUUGUAUCUUUAUAGUUGCUUGUGAAAUCAUUCUGGUGGAACUAUCUGUUAGAAAUGGAUAAACUAUGUGUGUGUGUGUGUGUGUG